GCUCCACAGAGAGCUUCAACCAGCCGUUUGAGGGCUCCACCACAGAGCCGGGCAAGAUAGCGCUGGCCUUCUACUCCGGGCUCUUCUCGUACUCAGGAUGGAAUUACCUCAACUUUGUAACAGAAGAGCUGAAAGAUCCAUACAAGAACCUUCCCCGGGCCAUCUGGAUCUCCCUGCCCCUCGUCACCAUCAUCUACAUCCUGGCCAACGUGGCCUACUUUGCCGUCAUGACGCCCGUGGAGAUGCUUGCUUCGGACGCUGUGGCAGUGACAUUUGCUGACCGGACUCUUGGAGUAAUGUCGUGGGUCAUGCCUGUCUUUGUGGCCUGCUCCACGUUUGGGGCACUGAACGGAGCCAUUUUUACCUCCUCACGAUUGUUUUUUGUCGGCGCCCGUCAUGGGCAUUUACCUGGUUUCCUAGCAACCAUCAACAUCAAACUUCUCACACCUCUUCCAUCUCUCCUCUUUGGGUGCAUCACAUCCCUUAUCAUGCUGAGCUCAAGCGACAUUUAUGCUCUCAUCAACUACGCAAGUUUUGUCGAGACUCUAUUUAUAGGCAUGUCCGUCAGUGGACUGCUUAUUCUACGAAUCACAAAACCGAACUUAGAGAGACCUAUCAAAGU